UUCAAAAAUUGACGACUGUAGAAAAUGGCGAAGCCUCAGCUACAAUUAGUGAAGCGAGCAGCUCUGUUUGUAUUCAUCUUUCUUAUUAUUCAAAUUUACCACACAGAAGCCCAGGAAGCCACUGUGAAGAACGAAAAGGAGCGUCUUCAACGUGCUGAACCACUGUAUUGGGACAUUUUGCUUAGGAGCACAGAUGAGACUACAUGUCCUCUACUUGAAGAAGAAAUCUCUAGGCUUAGAGCUCAGAUGGAAGCUAUUUUAUUCGAGCUACAGACUGCUUUGGAUCAAAAGUUGGCACUGGAGCGAGAGCUUGCAGAAUGCAGAAACCAACUGGAAAUGGAAUAAACCUGGCAGACAGCGUACACGAUGAUCCAAAUUUUCUUUUACUAUUUAGAUGGACAAUCAAAGACUCUCAUUCUGCACAAUGAAACUUCAAAUUAUUAAAUUUAAUGAAAUGCAUGAUUUGAAAAUUGAUUAAAUUAUACAAUAUACUUCA